AUGACUGGAAAUGGAAAGUCAAGAAAGGAGUUGCUCUCGGUUUCUCUCCUAGCCCGACUGUCUGGCCAGGAGGAGCUGUGGUGCUCCAGGCCUGAUGAGAAAGGACCGGUGACACUUCCCACAAGCGUGUGCUCGUCCCAGCUGCAGCUUCACACGCACCGAAGAGCGAGGACGUUGGAGAAACACCUCUGCUGCUGGACGCUGGAUGGCUGCUUGGCCUCAUUGGGGCGGAAGUGGCUUCCAUUUAAGGAGCUGGAGAGGUUCUUGGCAGGGAUUGCAGCAAAGCAUCCCAAACGCUGGGUCCCGUUGGCAGAAAGGCCGGGGGCAGCUCAAGCUCGUGCUUUGGAAGUGCCUUCUUUUGUCAGCUUGAGAUUUUCCAGAAUUUCAAAGCGGAAAGAAAGAGAGGGGUACGAGGAAGCUAUUAAAGAUAGUUCUCAGCAAUCUGAUGAAUCACUUGAGACUGGCCAAAGCUUGUCCCAUGUUGCCAUCAAACUGAACAAACACAAGCAGCUCCAAGGCUCCUUGAAGAGAAAGUUGGUGGUAAAUCUGUCACCUGUCAACAACAAGAGGCCCAAUGGUGUUUCAGAGAGCUCCUUCCUUGACAUUAAGAGGAUAAGAGUGGGUGAUAAUAUCUCAGUGGGACAAGGUGGACAACAUGUUAACAAUUGCCAAAGCCAGUCAAUGUCAGGAACUAUGUCUGUGGGGCAAGGAUCACAAAGAAAGGCCAGCAACCUAGCAAACAAUACACAUGCUAGUGGGAAUGGCAUGUUUAAUAUGACUUUGAAAGAGGUAAAGAAAGAACCAGGAGAAACAAUGUCCUGCAGCAAACACUUAGAUGGCCAGACAUCCCAUGAGAACAUGUUCCCUAACAGAUAUGGGGAAGACUCGUGGGAACAAAUGAUGGAUCUGGAGCUUCAGGAACUAUUUAAUGAACUGACUAACAUAUCAGUGCCACCAAUGAGUGAUCUUGAGCUCGAGAAUAUGAUAAAUGCCACAAUAAAACAAGAUGAGCCAUUCAACAUUGACCUUGGGCAGCAGAGCCAAAGGGGGCCUGUGAGAUCUCUGCAGAUGGAUAAGAUGGUGAUAAAGAGUGAAUAUGCACCAGGCAUGAAUCAGGCUCCUGUGGGCUCCCCACAGGUGAGGCCUUCUUCUACAGGUCCAGCCUUCACCAUGGCCACCACUGCCAUGUCCACCUCUUCACCCAUCCCUUCGGUGCCUCAGAGUCAAACACAGGUAUCGCAGGUUUCUUCUGCGUCCAGUCGGCCAUUGCCUAACUGGCAGGAGGUGUCUCAUGCACAGCAGCUCAAACAGAUCGCAGCCAACCGGCAGCAGCAUGCCUUGAUUCAGCAGCAACAGCAGCAGCAGAACCAGACGGCCAACUGGUCCACCUUGUCUCCAUCAGGACCUUCCCCUGGACCCUUUGUGCAAGAGAAAAUCCCCAGUCCUUCUUUUCGCCAGCAGCAGUUCAGCCCACAAAGCUCAGCAAUGCUUGGGGUACCAGUGAAUGGAAACCAGUCGAAAGGGAUGAACAACUAUGUUUAUAAACCAACCACUCCCCAGAGCAAUCCCAUGGACAUAAUCAUGCAACAGAAGCCUCAGGACCUCAACAGAAACUUUAUCAACAGCGCUCAGCCACCACUAGAGCAGCAUCAUGGCAACACAAAGCCUUUGUUUCACUUUAACUCAGAGCAAACAAACCAGCAGAUGCCUUCAGUUUUGGGUUCCCAAAACAAGCCUGCCCUUCUGCACUACACGCAGCAGGCACAGGGUUCAGCCCCCGUGCAACAGCCUCAGCAACAGCAGCAACAACAGCCACAGCCGCAACCUGCUCAGCCUAUCCCAAACCCGUCUCUUCAAAGGCCACCUACUGUACCCCUAGCAAUGCAGCAAAAAAUGAUGCUUCAGAAAAUGCAGCAAAGCCAGCAAAUCUCAGGUUUGCAGUAUCCAGUCCCUCAGCAGCAUAGACAGGAUCAACACUCUGUGGUAGGCCAGGGAGCUGGCUCCACUCCAAGCUCCAGUUCUUGCUCAAAUCCAAACACUGGAAGUGGUUACAUGAACUCAUCCCAGCAAUCAAUGUUGAAUCAGCAACUGAUGGAAAAGAAACACGCUCUGCAACGGCAAAUGAUGGAGCAAAAACAACUCCUUCUACAGCAGCAGAUGUUGGCAGAAGCUGAGAAAAUAACUCCACAAGAUCAGCUGAACAGACACUUGACACGACCACCACCAGAUUAUAAAGACCAAAGAAGGAAUGUGGUCAACAUGCAACAAGCAAACCAAUAUCCUGGUGGUUCACCAGCUGUGAGUAUGAGCUCCAACAACAUGUCGUUAUCCAACCCAAUUUCAACUCAUAGCAUCAUGACCCAGAGCUCCAGCCUCAUGUCCACCCCCGCUGGGACCCGAAUGCCUUCUGUUCCUGCCGCUCGGAGUAUGGGCUGCUAUGGGAACCUUCCUUGCAACCAACCAAGCGCAUACAACGUCACUCCAGGAAUGAACCAAAUGCAGCCACACAGAAACCAAAAUCAAGUCCUGCCCAGUCAGAAUAACCCCAUGAUGUCUCGACAGCAAACCAUGACGCAGGGAAACAACGUAGCUGCUUUUGGGACGGGGUCGGUGGUCAACUCGCAGCAAGUAAGGCCAAGCUUGAACCACGGAGCCACAGGCAUCCCCACGCAAAGGCCGGCCAACGUGAUGAUCACGGCUACUGCCACUGCCCAGAACUGGGCCCCACAAGAAGCUUCAGUGAAGCAGCAGGAUGCACUGAAACCCUCAGGGGUCCGUUUCCCCACCGGCACUCCAUAUCCUAACCAGUCUUUGCAGCGCAACGUAGGCAACCAGCAUUUUCCUCAGCGUGCAUUGGCACCUCCUAAUCAGUUAACAGCGGGAGUCCAAAUGAGGCCUCCUCUAAACCAGAUGCACCAGACUCUAAAUGGACAAUCUGCUGGCUCACUACGAGGCCUCAGCAUAAGACCUAACCAGCUGAGAGGACAGACUGUGCCUACCUUGAAUCAGCCAGGAACAAGUAUGACACCUCCAUCAUCUCUGCCAUCAACCAGUUUUACAUCUACCAACCAAAACUCUCGGGCUUACCAAGGAAGUGACCAUGGUAAUGACCUAGCAUUUGACUUUCUGAACCAGCAAGGUGACAGUAUAGGACCUGCGCUCAACAGUGACUCAGACUUUAUAGAUUCUUUACUGAAAACGGAACCUGGUAACGAUGACUGGAUGAAAGACAUCAACCUCGAUGAAAUAUUGGGGAACCACUCGUAAGAGACAGUACCAAGGGUGAACCAGAUGAAGAGGCAGGAAGGACAUUAGCUUUCUCUUUAGAUGCCAACAACCUGCUUUAUUAAUUUACACUCCAGUAACUGGGCUGUCCUUUAAAAUACCACAUAGGGCGACUGCCCUGUUUGAAGAGUUGCUCUAGGAACAAAACUGAAGUCUCCCCCGAUGAAACGAUAACGUAAGUGAUAUUCAUGCCUGCCACAAAGGAGUGAGAAUGUGUGAAGGGUCUGUUCCCCACACCAGUGCCCAGCGCAUUGCAAACCCAUCAGUUCUUCUCACGGGGGCUGCAUGGAAAAACGUGUUUAGCUUCCCACACACGCAAGCAUCAGACAGUGGUAUGGGUUGUGGAACAUCAUUUCUCUGAGUGCAAGUAAGAGCUCAAGCGGUCCAGAGCUCUUCGGUCACUGUGAUUGCAGCCCUUUACUUCCUCGGGACUACUCAGCCUUGACGGCAUCAGGCCCUGUGUAAAUCUCAUUGUGUUACAAAAACUGUUUACUUCUGCACAGUACAAACUCACAUUUGCUUUCCUGAUGAUUUUGGUUUAAACCUUCUAUGUUCUGUAGCACACAAAAGGGUAAGUGGUCUCAUCCAAGGGAAGAAGGAAACAUCAUCCAGUGCGUUACUCAGUGUGCUCUAGUGUUCGCUUUCUCCCUUUCAUCGGUGCUUGCAGCGAGUAUCAGAGAAGGCUACUGUCCUGCCAGCAGCACAAUCAUUUUGGGCAUUGAGGGAAACAUGAGAUGAACUACACCAAAGCUCAGGAUCCUCACUUUGCCACCUUGCCCUACCCCAGGGACUCCAGUGACUUAAUGGACAACUUAAGUGAGAAGGGUGCUCACAAUUUGACCCUCACCGACUACUUUCCCAGUCCAGCUUAGAGGAGGGCAAAUGCAUGAAGUGGCUCAGCUAAGACACUAUCCUCAUUUUCAUCUUAACCCCCAGCGAGUGUCAGGUAGUUAAGCCCAAUCCUCUUCUAUCGAACAGGUUUACCCCAGCAGAAAUGCCAGCAUCUCUGUCUGGGGAGAGGCUACCGUUUUGAUUGCAUAGCAUUUUGGCUCCAUCCCGCUUUCCCUUUGCCAUAUGGGGGAAGAUGAAAGAGGUCAAAUGACGGCCCAGGUCCCCACAGCCUCCAUCGGGCAGAGUACGAGAGGCUCUGCCUCUGAAACUAGCAUGCAGAUCAGUUAUAACCACCUGGGUUACUCACAGGAGGAGGCUCCACUCAGCCACAUCUGUGCUUGUAAAUGAAACAGUCCUGGGGAAUAUUUCUGGGCACUGGACUCAAUCACCUGUUCUGGGUUUGGGGAUGGCCCAGCUAACAUUGCCCUGAGAAAUUUCUGUGCAUCACUGGCAAGUUAACCUGGGGCAAGGACCAUUCCCAUAGACAGUUUGCAGCCACCUUGCCUUGGAGGCUAACAGAGCAGAGCAGUAAGGAUACAGGUUAUUCCACACCACUUGACCUCGGUCCAAGGGAGUAGUCUCAACUGUGUUAAAUUUUCUCCUAUAGACUUGGUCAGUAAGGCCAUCAGAAGGAGGUGCUAUGUCACUAUAAAGAAGCUCCGCAGUGAGUCAGACAGGAGGAUUCAUAGAUGGGAACAGAUCUUGCAAUUCAAAUGAAAAUGCUGUUCUUUAAAAUGAUGUGGUGCGACGUGUUUCACAGCCUCCUCUGAAUUAGCUAAAACUAGAUGUGGCAAAGGAAUAC